AUGCUGAGGCAGGCAUACGCUGCCUCGCUCCACUGCACGCGAGUCGCUCCUGCCGGAAUGUCGGUCGCUCCUGAAGUUGUCUCCAAGAUUGAGCAAGGCUAUGCCAAGCUCCAGGUAUGUUUCUUUUCUUAUUCAUAGGUUCCUACCUUGGGUUUUUGCCCUUUGACUUUCUCUUCUCGUUCAAUCGAAGCUUUCCAUAUGCCUCACCGAGACCCAUUCUAGCUCCAAAAGCGGGUAGUAUUGACAAGGCGCCUAAGUGGAUUUAAAAGACACCCAUUGCUAUCCAACGCCAACCCUCGUCUAUUUUCAGGGUGCUGCUGAUUGCCACUCUCUCUUGAAGAAGUACCUCACCAAGGAGGUCGUCGACGAGCUCAAGAACAAGAAGACCAAGCUUGGAGCCACCCUCCAGGACGUCAUUCAGUCUGGUUGGUUCUUUUUUCCUCAAAAAAACAGAAGCAAAGAAAAGGAAAUGGCGCAGCAUUGCUGCAAAAUAAUGACCAUUCUGAUCGUUUUUAAACUUUCGAAAUGAUUUUUGCUGGAUUCAGAACAAGAAACUUGGUGGCAUGAAAAAAAGUAGAGCACCGGAGAGUUCCAAACUUUCUCCAAAUCUCCGAGAGUUCAAAUGAAAAAAAAUAUACACGGUCUUCUUCAUUUCAGCUCUGUCCGCUAUUUUGCACAACAAAAAAUGAGAAAAAUAGUGUGAAAAAAUAAAAAGAUUUAUAUUAUACUGCUUCAAACCUAAUGGUCAUUGAAAAAACAUUUAAAAAAAAUUUAAUUGAGAGGUGAGACCGUAGAAACUCACUUUCCCCUUCUUAAAGCUCAGAAAACUUCUUUCGUUUCACGUUGAUUUAUAGCUCUCAAUUCAAAGAAAAAAGGCGCUCGCUUUCAAAAAAUGAUGCAACUGACACUUGUGCGUGACGUCACUACGCCGCAACUUUUCCUUGCCUCCUUGGCUAACAUUUCACUCAUUGAGUUUGAGUUUCCAUCAGAUAAUACUCCAACCAAGCGCUUUUCCCAUAGUAACUCUAUACGAACGCUAAAAACCGUGAGAGAAAAACUGAUUGAUGAGAAGGCGACUUCUGAGAAAAUCACUCUGUUCGAAUGUUUUCCAGGAACAAGUUAUUCAAAAUAUGAGCAGAAAGAUUAGUUGUAGCCGGCGGAUGGGAGAAACGAUUCUGAAAAAUAGCGGUAGCCGAUUUGAACGGAUAUGCGAGAAAAAAGCUAAAACUGCGCAAAUAAACCGAAAAAAACAGCUCAUCAUCCCUAAAUCCAACAAAAAAACAACUCGUUCGGUCCUUCAUGGAAAAAAGAGCGAGUGUCUAAAAAACAAGGGACUGGAAAAUUGUCAAAAUACUAGAAACCCGAAGAAAGAACCUAAACUUUUACAUGAAAAUAGUGUACAACAUUUGCUUAAUGCUAUAUUUUCAUGGUAGAAUAUAAUUAAUUGGCUGGCUUUUGAAGUAUUUGUAGAAGAUAAAUUUUCAUUCUACUAUUGAAAUAAGAACUCAGAAUAUUUUUCAAUGAAAAUAAUGGAUUCUUGGAACAAAGUUGAAACCUGAAACUUUUUACCCAAUUUUUUUAUGGAGUUCUAAUUAGAAAUUUUUUUCUCUAAUUAGUGCUUUAAUUGGAGCGCUCUAUUCGAAACUAAUCAAAAAAAUAGUUGUGGUAAAUGUUCAGAAAACUAAAGGUUCCGUAAAAUUUUUCCAAUCAAUCGGGUUGUUUUUGGGGGUUCCCUGAUCGAAAACAACUGAGGCUUUUCCCGCUUCAAUAAUUUUUUGAAACUACGUUCAUCCGGACGUCUCACACAAAUAUUUUCAACCUAAGAUAUAUUAAAUUCUUCCUCACACUGCAGUUUAAAUAAUUCAAGUGUUAAAAAAACACCUGACCAAAUGGAGUUUUCCAGGAGUUGCCAACUUGGAUUCCGGUGUUGGAGUCUACGCGCCGGACGCUGAGGCCUACACCCUCUUCAAGCCCCUUUUCGACCCCCUGAUCCAGGUGAGCCGCGGCCGUAUUGCGCAACGCAAGAAAUGAUGCAAACAGAAGGGUAUGCGCAGCGUCGCGUCUCGGUUUUUGUUUUCUCGGCAAGAACGGCGCAGAAAAAACCAACACUCGGACAGUCCAAUGACUUGUGAUUGAUUUAUUGCUGAUUCUUUUUUUGGUCUUCUGUGUACCAAAAAAAAAGAUAGGGGAUCACAGGAUCCGGAUUUAGAUUAGAUUUUCAUCACUGCAAACGAGGAAAUUCCGCGACCUUGAGCUAAGAGCUUGACCUCAUUUCCGAGUUGAGAUCUUACACCAGGAACUUACAAUACAUGCUGAAUAUUCCCGCCUGCAAAAGCUGGUUUUUGUGGACAAUUGUCUCUGAGAGUCGCGGCCGAGAAAUCCAAAGUAAUUUGUCUUUCUUGCUGUUCGCUCAAUUUGAAGCGUAGCCAAGCCCAACGGCUUGGUAAUUACAUAUGCAAUAUUCUGCGUUCAGCGUUUGCCGACGAGAACAAAAGGAACCAAAAGGGACUCAAAUUUCUGAGAUGGAAAAUCUCGCACUACCCUUUUAUUGAGAUAAAUAAAUCGGCCUGGCAAAUAAAAUCUUCUCCUCUGGAGUGAGCUCUAAAGUACUUUCUGAAGUCAUAACUUCAGGACUACCACAACGGCUUCGCCCCCAACCAGAAGCAGCCCAACACCGACCUCGGAGAGGGCAAGACCAGCCAGCUCGUCGACCUUGACCCCGAAGGAAAGUUCAUCAACUCUACUCGCAUCCGGUUAGUUUUAACAAAAAACCUCUGGUAAAAAUCGAGAAUCCAUUAGUUCUGCUGAUAGAAAAGAAAUGAACCCACUACAAAACUUUAGAUUGAAGUUUUAAUUCAGUGGUGGUUUUAAGCAGGCAGUUUAAAAUGAACUCAUAGUUUCAUCUUCUUAAUUAAUUACCAGUUAGCAAUAUAUCAUCAAAAUCUUUCAGUUGCGGACGUUCUCUUGAUGGAUAUCCCUUCAACCCAUGCCUCACCGAAGCCAACUACCUCGACAUGGAAGGCAUGCAAAUACUACAAGAUGACGUCAUUCAAUCAACAUUACAGGCAAGGUCAAGAAAGUCUUCGAGGGAAUCAGCGACUCCGAGCUCGCUGGACACUACUACCCUCUUGAUGGCAUGACCAAGGAAGUCCAGACCCAGCUCAUCAAGGAUCACUUCCUCUUCAAGGAGGGAGAUCGGUAAGCACAAUUAAAACGACAAAUGAAAACAACUGAAAAUGACUUUGUGCAAAAAGAUUGAUGCAGUCCGUGAUCCUGCUGAUUUAUUGAAUUUUAUUGACUACUUGAAAGGUCUGAUGGCAAAAUGUUCCGUUCACAACAAAUAACAAAAAUUACACGAAAAAAUGCAAAAAUUUGAUUCUUAGUUUUUUUCACGUGAAAAUUUGAGCGAGUUGUUCAUCUGAAUUUUCUGUCUGAGACAAAAUUUCAACAUUUUAUCUCUUUCCAGAUUCCUCCAGGAGGCCAACGCUUGCCGCUACUGGCCCAAGGGACGUGGUAUCUUCCACAACAACCAGAAGACCUUCCUCGUCUGGGUCAACGAAGAGGAUCACCUCCGUAUCAUCUCCAUGCAGGAGGGCGGAAACGUCGGACAGGUUGAGAAAAAAGAAAUUUUAAAAUAAAACAUUGGUUGGAUAGGUUCUCGAGCGCCUGAUCAAGGGAGUCAAGACCAUCGAGAAGCAGGUUCCUUUCUCGCGCGAUGACCGCCUCGGAUGGCUCACUUUCUGCCCAUCCAACCUCGGUAAGUUGAGAAAAUGGAUCGAAGUUCGAGAACUCUUUUCUAUCAAACUUCUGACAAAAAAUGCAAUUCUGUUUCAAAAACCGUCAUCGAGCUUUCUGACUUCGAAAUAUCAGGAUUGCGCGAGUCGGUUAGAACAAUCGACUUUAACUAUUUGAAAACAACUGGAUAUGAAUUCCUUUGUUUUAGAGUCAAAAACUUUUACCUCUCCUCAUAUUUUUGAACUUCUCUUCCCAAGAAUGUGCGGGAAACUUUUCUUCGAGCUAAUAAAACGAGAAAAAGUUGACGUGGUUUAAAAAGAAUGAACGAAAAUCCCAUAGAAUCGAGAAGGACAUGAAACUUCUUAUUAACCAAACUUUUAUGUAGAUGAUUGCUUUAAACUUCCAGGAACCACCGUCCGCGCGUCGGUCCACAUCCGUCUCCCCAAGAUCUCGGCCAAGCCUGACUUCAAGUCGAUCUGCGAUGGUCUUAAGCUCCAGGUACUUACUUUUUUGAAUUCGCCUUCUCUACAUUGAUAACUCCAGAUUCGUGGUAUCCACGGUGAACACUCUGACUCCGAGGGUGGCGUCUACGACAUCUCCAACAAAGCUCGUCUCGGACUCACCGAAUUCGAAGCCGUCAAGCAGAUGUACGACGGAGUCAAGCACCUCAUCGAGCUCGAGAAGAAGGCUUAA